AUGAAGAGCUUCCUGUUUUUCACCAUCCUCCUGGUACCAGUGCACAUCGGAACUGCUUGGAGGGCAAAAUAUGCAGUAGAUUGCCCCGAACCUUGUGACAGUAACGUGUGUAAAAGUACUUUGCGCUGUAAGCGAACAGUGCUUGAUGACUGUGGCUGCUGCAGAGUCUGUGCAGCAGCCUUGGGGGAGACUUGCUACCGCACUGUCUCAGGUAUGGAUGGUGUCAAAUGUGGGCCUGGGCUGAAGUGCCAGUUUUACACUGAGGAGGAUGACUUUGGUGAUGAAUUUGGUAUCUGCAAAGAGUGUCCUUAUGGUACCUAUGGAAUGGAAUGCAGAAAAACUUGUAACUGCCAGUCUGGUAUAUGCGACAGAGUAACUGGAAAGUGUUUGAAGUUCCCAUUUUUCCAACUUUCUGCUUCAAAGCCACCAAACAGACGAAAAUUAAUUUCACAUACAGAGAAUGACAUGGCAUCGGGGGAUGGUAACUCUGUAAAGGAGGAAUUUGUCAAAGAGAAAGUAAUUAGCUCUCCAGUAAUGAAAUGGUUAAAUCCUCGCUGA